AUGGCAAUCCUUCAUGACUCUCCCAUCCUGCACCCUCACUGUCAUACCCAGAGCAAACAUGUUCGAAAGCCGUCUUCCGUCAAGGAGGCUUCUGGUACUCAGUUUCGUUUCCUUCCGAGAGCCGUUUCCCUUCCCUCGCUGUCAUCCGUUAUCAAGUCCUCUCUAACUUGGGCCGGUGACACUUUGUAUAAUGUGAACCAGGAUGGCUCUUCCAAGGUGGACAAGGGUGGUCAUACUACUACCGAUGAUCGAAAGCAAGUGCUAUAUUUGAAAAUGCGCAAUGCUGUAUCAUAUAAAGAGUGGAAGGACUGCGCCUACGAGUUGGACGAGUUAGAAGACAAUAACUCCUGGAAAGCAACCUUCGAGAGUUCCGAAUACGAUCCCCAUCUAGUGCAGGAACGUCUGAAGCAACUAGAAGAAGCGCGCAUCAGCUGUGACAUUAGCCGAAUGAUUUUCCUAAUCCGCACCUCCCUAAGCCGCGAUUUAGGAAACAUGCGUAACGACUCUCUCUAUAGGCACUCGCACGUCGGUACGAAGGACUUGAUUGAUCAGUACAUCACGACGGCCCUUGAUACAAUCUCGUCGCUGGUAGAUUUGUCAGCGAAAGGCCGGUGUGAUGGGCUGGAAUUAAAGUAUAUCCUCGAUCAACUUCUAGCAGCAAGGCAAGCUUUUGGUCGGAGCGCCUUAUUAUUCUCAGGUGGAGCAACAUUUGGGAUGAACCACAUCGGUGUGCUUAAAGCGCUUUGGCAGGCAAAACUGCUCCCUCGUAUUAUCUCUGGCGCUUCGGCUGGAAGUAUUGUAUGUGCUGUCUUCUGCACUCGGACAGAUGAUGAACUGCCGCUGCUUCUGGAUUCGUUUGCCUAUGGGGACUUUGCCGUUUUCAAUGACCCCAACCAGGAGGAAAAUAUUCUGCAGAAGACAGCCAGGUUUUUGAAGUACGGUUCUUUUCUGGACAUUUCGAACUUAGCCAAGGUCAUGCGAAACUGGCUUGGGGAUAUUACAUUCCAGGAAGCAUAUAAUAGGACGCGCAGAAUACUUAACAUCUGCGUUUCUAGUGCUGGCAUCUAUGAGCUCCCCAAGCUAUUGAACUACAUCACAGCGCCUAAUGUGCUGAUCUGGUCUGCAGUAGCCGUCUCAUGCUCAGUUCCAUUAGUAUUUUCACCAUUUGUCCUCAUGGCCAAGGAUCCAGAGACAGGAGAGGCAGUCCCUUGGAAUGACUUGCAUAGGCAGUACAUCGACGGCUCAGUAGAUGGUGAUUUACCGAUGACCCGUCUAUCGGAAAUGUUCAAUGUCAACCAUUUCAUUGUGUCGCAGGUUAAUCCUCAUGUGGUUCCAUUUCUCCCAAAAUAUGAUGGCCCGACCCAUGGGACACCACAGACCCCGUCUUUGGCUUCUCGGUUGUUCCACACCAUGACGCAUCUCGCGAAGGAUGAGGUGUUGCAUCGACUGACAGUUUUAUCCGAACUUGGUAUUUUUCCAACCUCUUUGACUAAAACUGUAUCAAUCGUGAACCAGAAAUACUCGGGCGAUAUUAACAUCUACCCUGAAAUACUCUACACCCAUUUCCCGGUAAUACUAAAGAAUCCGACCACAGAGUUCAUGCUCAAGGCAUGUCUUUCAGGGGAGCGCGCGACGUGGCCCAAACUCAGACGGAUUCGAAACCACUGCGCUAUUGAAUUAGCUUUGGACUCGGCUAUCCAACAGAUGCGGGCGAGAGUAGCCUUUAGUUCGAGCCAGAUAGCCUUAAGGACUAUCGGACUACCUGGCUAUUCAGAAACCAUAGACGGUAGCUGUGGUCGAGGACGCUUGCUUAACCGGAGAAGCUCCUACAGUCAUGAAGUCGAAAAGGCCAAGCAUAUCAGGGCCAAUUCUGGUCGUCGAGCAAGACCGCUCCUAAGAAGAUGCUGUAGCGUACAGUCGCCCGAACAGUCGUCAGACACCGAUCGGCAAGAUGAGGCGGAUGAUGAUCAGGCUGAAGCUCGUGAGAGUUAUUUUCCCGACCUUAACGAUGACCUCUCCCUCACUGAGUCCGGCACUGACGAGGAGACGCGACCUCUGGCUUUGGAACGACUCGGGCUUGCAGAUGGUCGGGCAAUAUAUCACCAACCACCUCGCUGGUCUGCUCCGCAUGGUGCUCUUCCGUCGCUGCGGUCAUUACCGACCACAUCUAUUCACUCAAGGAGAUCAUCUGUAGGCACACAAUGUCAGCCAUCAACCCAUGUCACAGAUGGCUCUUUGACUCCGGCACGCCAGUUAUCCACCAAGUUGAUAUCUUCUCCCCAAAACCGCACGCUCCGCAUGACACCCACAAGUCAUCCAAACCGCUCACCUCCUGCCUACAACUAA